GGCUGAGGCACGGGAACCUGACUAGGAUCCCCAGCUUGCUUUCUACUAUCUCUCUUGUGUCUCUGUGUGUUGAGACCUGCCAGCCUUGGAGUUCACUUCACAGACUUUAAAUGCGAACUAGGAACGACACCUCUACCCACACAAAACGACUGGCCGUUCAGAACAACUGUUCACCUGCGUCCGAAGCUCCGAACACUCUCUGCUCUGUUCGGGAACACGACUGUACCCUACCCAAGACAAGCCCCCGCUCUUUCUUUCUCAAAGACUGGAGCGAUGGAUUCAUUUUUGACAAUUAUUGCUGCCCUUCUACUAGUUGGGUUUCUAUCUUCAACUGCUUCCAGGCAGUUCGACACUGAAUGUUACACAGCCAAUGGAGGGGACUACAGGGGCUGCCAAAACCAGACGAGCCUCCUUGGGGGCAAGCCAUGCCUCUUCUGGAAUGAGACCUUCCAGCACCCCUACAACACCCUCAAGUACCCCAACGGAGAGGGGGGUCUUGGCAGCCACAACUACUGCAGGAACCCUGAUGGUGACGUCCAGCCGUGGUGUUACAUCGCUGACCACGAAGAAGGAAUCUACUGGAGAUACUGUGACAUCUCCACCUGUCAGAUGCCAGGUAACCUGGGCUGUUUCAAAGACAGUGGAGACCCUCCCACCCUGACAGGGAGCAGUGAGACCUCCAACAAACUCACCAUCCAGAACUGCAUCAGCUUUUGCCGCAAACAGAGAUACAAGCUAGCUGGGAUGGAGUCGGGUUACGCCUGUUUCUGUGGUAACGACCUGGACCAGCAUCACCAUGGCAAAGCACCCAGUAUGGAGUGCAACCAUGUGUGUUUUGGUGACCACACCCAGCCCUGUGGAGGAGAUGGAUGGGUUAUCAUCUUCGACACUCGUGUUGGGGCGUGCGGGGGUAACUACUCUGCUCCCUCUGGGGUGGUCUACUCCCCUGACUUCCCUGAUAAGUACGAGGCAGGGAGGGUCUGCUACUGGACUGUCCAGGUACCUGGAGCCUCCAUGAUCCUGUUCAACUUCACCUUCUUCGACAUUUCGGACCAGACAGACAUGGUGGAAAUGCUGGAUGGCUAUACCACCCAGGUGUUAGCACGGUUCGACGGCCGCAACUCGCCCCAGGACCUGGUCAACGUCACUGGAGACUUUGUCAUCCUCUACUUCUACUCAGAUCACACCAACCAAGCACAGGGCUUCUCUGUCACAUACCAAGCGCUGAGAGGCCUGGACACCAGACCUAUGGAUGAGGAUGAGAAGGAAGAUGAGGACAUUAGUACAGUGAAGCCUCUGCUUAACGGCGUAACGGAGAAGUCUAACGGGAGCGAUAACGGACGUUCCUCUCAAAUCCUCUAUGUGAUAACGUCCAGUCCCGGUAAACCAGACCACAACAUGCCAGGUCAGUGGGCCGGACCCAACGGGACCAACGGACACACCUCUAUGUGGACCAUCUACGCCCUAGCUGCUCUCCUGACUCUGACAGUCAUAGCCAUGGUGGCUAAACUACUACUGCAUAUUACAGUGAAGUCUCCCAACAUCCCGACCAGCAGUGGUUCAGAGAGCUGCAGCGUGCAGAGUGCUGCGUCCGAGCCCUGGAUCAUCUUCUAUCGGCCCUCCACCAUCUCCCUCUUCAAGAAGAAGCUAAAGAACCACCACGGAGACCUCAGCCCUCUGGUGGGCAACUAGCGAACUGCAGUCUGGUCUACUAACAUCAUCACCAUCAUGUACCAGGGCCUAGCGUACCAGAGCUAGUUAUAGAGCUAGCCCCUCUACCAAUGAGACUCUAUGGGGUACUGAGCUACAAAGCUAACAUAAUCACUAAUGACUGAUUCACUGACUCACUGAGUGACUACUACCAAAUGGCCCAAGAGCCAAGUCCCUAUAUGGGAUCCAGACAGGGCUGUCUGUGUCUGCUGUGUACAAGGCAGGAGAGGAGGGCAGCUAUACAGUGUGAGGUGGAUGUUUUACUGUAGGGAACUCAUCUUCUAUGGGUUCCACUUCCGUUGUCCAUGGAUGUCUGAGAGCAUUGCAGUCCUCCUCUAGAGACAAGGGUUGGCUGGGGCCAAAGCAAGCAGUUUCCAUAGGACUCCUCCAGAAUGCAGGCCUUUCAUUGUAACUGUGUGCCGGUGGGGCACAAAAUGUCUGACAAUCUCUCCAAAUUCGCUAACCUGCGAACAACUGAGGGAGCCAUGCAUAUUCCCUAUCAGUGACUGUCAUAGGUGUCUCACAGAACAAGGUGUUGGAUCACAAGGGGUCAGAGUAAGGCCUAGAUUCAAUCAGAUCAAGCGUUAAACAGCGAUAUCUGAUGUUUUGGUGGUGUCAGAGGUGUAACUGUUGGAGCAGUCAAAUCGGUUAGCAGGUGCUCUUGAUCAUUGUCACUAAGCCACACCCGCAGCUCACGUUAGAAGUUCAGAACGAGAAAAUGUAGGCUGUCUAGAAAUAAUGACACGCAAAUUAAAAAUCAUUAGACGAAGAAAGCGUAAUCGAGGUAUAGAUUACAACUCACAUUCCAGUGUUGGAACUUGUAGAGAGGGCUGCUUGGGAUUUCUCUUAAUGCGACUCCGUGCAGCCAAUGGUAAAGUCCGCUUUAGGUAUAAUGCCAGGAGAUACUUGUGGAUUUGAACGUUCUAAAGCAGUUCCACCACCGACACUGCUAUCUCUUCCACGCCGUCUCUGGAGGAAACUGUAUCAAGAGUCUCUUCCAUGGCCACUGGUGGAUGAGGGACGUGGUUUCAUUAAACAAUUGCCGUUCAAAAGAGUGUUUGAAAUGCUCAGAGGUUCUCUCUCAUAUCCCCUCGGCUGUGGUUCUUAUCUUUCUGGUUGAACUAUGUUUAAGUGCCUUAAGGAUCUUAAAGAAGCCUGCUAUGGCUUCUUUCCCUCUACCCUCCUCCCCCCCUUCUCACUGUCUUUGAGUCUAUUGCUUGUGGUCCCCACCCUAUGAGAGGCCAUGUCGAUGGGAUUUACUGUAGCGUGGGCGAGACUUGGGAAAAAGGUUUGCUUCAUUUUUGUAUCUUUUUCUUUCUGUGUGCUCUUAUGCGUAGUCUCCUUGGACAUUACCGAACAUAUUGCUAUCGUUAUGUUGCCAUUUGAUUACAAGGAGGGGGUAAAUUGUGUUGUAUAUUGCGUAAUUCAAUGUGGGGGAUGAUGAUGAUGACAUAUGUCCUGCUCUUUCAUUUUGUGUCUCGGCAAAGCAAUGGCAAAAUCCUUCAAAGUCAUUUUUGUACUUACUCAUCAACUGCUACUUAGCUCGGAGGUUGAGGCACAUUUUUCCCCCCCUGUCUUCAGCAGCAGAUUCAUUCCCACAUUCAGAGGGCUCACGAGACCCAAACAACCUCUCUCAACUUUACAGCUAAAGCACAAAUAAUAUGGAAUGAAUGAAUGAAAGUACUCGUGAUGGUCCACUGUGGAAGGCAAACGACUGUUGUAGUCCGGCGUGUAUCUGUGAGCAUUGAGGACACGUUGUAAGUUAACAAUGCAUUAAUUGUGCCCCUUGAAUACAGCAUGUUGGAAUUCCAUAAAGAGAGGUUGAACCAUCGAUGAAAUAUAUGUUAAUAUAUAUUACAUUAUACUGUAUAUGUAUAAUAGUGUUAGAAUUCUAUUUCUAUGGCUUUGUUUUUCCCAACAAUCUCAAACCCAGUGAAAGCUGAUUAAUCUGGUCCAAACGUCAAUGCACUUAAAUGUGCCUCUACUUGUAUGGUGACAGAUAAAUAAUACUGAAAUCCAGUUUGGCUCUUAUUUGCUCUCGAAACCAAAAACCGUUUGAAACUGAUGAUAGGAGAUUUGCAAAGUGCAAACUUGACAUUGGGAGCACUUGCAACAAAAGGGUUGAAGUUGAUAUGCAAAAUUGUAUGAAUAGAUAACAUUUUAGGUAGUGUAACAAAAAAUACUUUAAUUUCACCUCAUUUUAACAUUCUGUCAUAAACAGCACAUGUUCAACGACAUAAAACAACAUGUUUUCCCACCCCAAGGGGUAUUUUUUUUUACUAUUGUAAGUGCCAAUAAAUUACCAUUAAAGUAACGGAGUUGUAUGUACCCUAGAUGAUACUCUCCAUUUUGGCACUCCCCCACUUUUGUAAAAAAAUAUAUAUUUUGGAAGCUAUGGAAAUGCAUUUAUUAACGUCUACAUUUGUUUUUGUCACAUUUAUUAUUAUUUUUUAUUUGACAUAAAAUUUUGUUUGCUAAACAUAAAAAUUCCAAAUUAAUAAAUAAAUAAAAACAUUUUCCUUAAAGUAUCAUUUUUUAGAAAGCGCUACUGUCCCCACUAAAACAACACAAAUACUUAAAUACAUGAAAUGUUAUCUUUGAAACAUUUAAAUGAAAUACUGUAGAAUUCCAUUCAUUCCUAUGGAGGACUGCUUUUCUGAGGAGUGCCAAUAUGGCCAACUGGUGGCUUCAAAGCCUUUGCAUUUUUCCAAUACAUAGCAUCAGCAAUCCAGAGUUUCUAUACUUCAUUGACUCUGGAUUGCUGAUGCUAUGUAUUGGAAAAGUGCAAAGGCUUUGAAAAAAAAAAGUGAAGAUUUUUUUUCAAGCGCAGAUUUUUUCAUUCAUUUCAACAAAAAUCUGAUUUAUUGAAUUGUCCAUGUGGUUUAUAUUAAAGGGUACUUCAUUUAAUAUAACAGGCUUUUAAAAUUCAAUAUUGGUGCGCAAUUUCUACUUAAAACAUCAAAGGGACCAGUGGUUGUGUCCCAAAUGGCACCCUAUUCUCAACUAUAUAUAGUGCACUACUUUUGACCAGAUUCACAUUGGAAUAAGGUUUAGGAUUUAUCGUAGGUGUGACUUAAUGAACGGGCCUUGAACUUUUCUUCUUCUCAACUCUGAUGUUUGUCUGCUGGGUGACCUAAUGUUGUAUUUUGGCUGUCUGCUCAUCUGUUACUCAUGUUAAUUAUCGCAGUACAAGUUAUUAUCAGUGCAGUUUGUGCUUAGAGAAAGGGAGACUGUGUGUGUGUGUGUGUGUGUGUGUGCGUGCGUGCGUGCGUGCGUGCGUGUGUACGUUUUACUAUUUCUGUGAGUACCAGAAGUCCUCACAAGAAUAGUAAACAAGAAAUUCAGAGAAGUCCUCACUUGUAAAAAGGCUAUUUUUGGUUUAGGGUUAGAAUUACGGGUUAGGAAUUAGGUUUAGGGUUAUGGGUUAAAGUUAGGGAAAAUAGGAUUUUGUAUGGGAAUCAAUUGUUGGUCUCCAAAAAGUCCUCACAAGUAUAGUAAGACAUAGAGUGAGCUCCAAAACCUUUGGGACAGUGACACAUUGUUUGUUGUUUUGGCUCUGUACUCCAGCACUUUGGAUUUGAAAUGAGGUUAAAGUGCAGACUGUCAGCUUUAAUUUGAGGGUAUUUUCAUGAAUCGUUUAGAAAUUACAGCACUUUUUUUUUGUACAUAGUCCCCCUGUUUUAAGGGACAAAAAGUAUCGGGACAAAUUCACUUAUGUGUAUUAAAGUGAAGUAUUUGGUCCCAUAUUCAUAGAAUGCAAUGACUACAUCAAGCUUGUGACUCUACACAUUUGUUGGAUGCAUUUGCUCUUUGUUUUUGUUGUUUCAGAUUAUUUUGUGCGCAAUAGAAAGUCAUGGUAAAUAAUGUAUAAAUAAUGUAUCAAUGUCAUUUUGGAGUCACUUUUAUUGUAAAUAAGACUAGAAUAUGCUUCUAAACACUUCUACAUUAAUGUGGAUGCUACCAUGAUUACAGAUCAUCCUGAAUGAAUGGUGUAUAAUGAUAAGUGCACAAAUAUCAAGACCCCAAGACAUAACCUCUCACCAUUACAAUAACAGUGAAGGUUAGUAUUUGGGGGGGGGAUAAUAUUUGAUCACCUGAUAUGGAUGAAAAUACCCUCAAAUUAAAGCUGACACUCUGCACUUUAACUUCAUAGUUAUUUGUAUCAUUUCAAAUCCAAAGGGCUGGAGUAGAGAGCCAAAAGAAUAGCACGUGUCCCAAUACUUUUGGAGCUCUCUCUCUCUUUCUCUCUCUGUGUGUGUGUGUGUGUGUGUGUGUUUGUGUGUGUGUAUGUGUGCGCGUCGUGUUUGGAUAGCCUGGUGAAUAAUAAUACCAACUCCAUUUUCUCCCAUGUCAACCAGACAAUUCCAUGGUACCUCCAUAUAAUAAUAGAAACUGUUUUCUCUUUCUGCGACUCAUUCAAAAUGUUACUCGGCACUCUUGUCAUGAUAACAAGAUGAGCAGCUCUGUGUGAUAUGGAGACCAAUGGGUUUUGGGGGAAUACAAAAUAUUGUUUUCAUGAAAAUUGUAAAUAAAUUAGUGAAAUUGUAAUUUAUACAGUAAAUUAUUAUUAUUUUGUAUGUGAAUGGGAUAUAAUCUAUGUUUUGUAUAAGUUAAGUAUCUUUGCAGUUUUAUUUAAGUGAAUGUGUCCUGGUUGCUAAAUAAAUUCUGUAUGCAUGUUUCUUA